UGGCGCAAAAAUAAUCAAAGCUAUAUAUACACACGCACAUAAUCUACAUGAACAUACAUACAUACAUACAAAAUAUAUAUAUAUAUAAAAAUACUCGAUCGCUCUCUUCCAUCUAGCCUUUUAAUUCUUUCCUUUGUACACUCCGUCGUCCAAUAUUGCCACCAUGCUCCGACGACGACGAUGAAACAAAAAGCCACCACCAUAACUAGUGCCUCAGUCGUGACUACAGCUGACAUGAGAGUCAUAGUACCCUUACAAGGUGUAGUUCAAGGACGUAGUGGCCUAGUUCUUGGCUCCAUCAUUCCUUGUGCUCUUUUUUAUUUUUUCCAACUUUAUUUGAAGUCCAAUAACUCCGACGAUGACCAGCCAACACCGCCGGAGAUAUCACCACCACCGGCAGAAAGUGGUGGUGGUGGGCUGGAAAGAGCUCAGUCAGUAAGCAGGCUGUCGUCUUCAUCGAUAUGGUCACCACGUGGACAUGGUACUGCAGCUCAAGUUUCUUCCAGGGGUGGUUUUGUAAUUAGACAACAUGAUUCUCCUUACUACCUUGGCUUGCAAAAGGUUGAUGACAAUCUUUAUGAUAAGUUGUGUAAUCCUCAUGGGAUUUUUCAACUUGGUUUGGAGGAAAACAAGUUGUCUGUGGAUUUGGUUCAAGAUUGGCUAGGAGUGCACACCAAGGACUCAAUUAUUGGUCAGGAGUUACGAAUAAAUGGGAUCACUAACUAUCACCCAUUCCAUGGAUUAUCAGAACUUAAAAUGGCAGUUGCUGGAUUCAUGUCGCAAGUGAUGGAAGGGCGCAUGUUAUUCAACCAAUCACAGAUGGUCUUAACAAAUGGAGUAACACCUGCUCUUGAGAUGCUCGUUUUUUGUCUAGCGGAUCCUGGAAAUGCAUUUCUUGUUCCUUCUCCGUAUUCCCCCGAUCUUGACAGGGAUAUUAAAUGUCGAACUGGAGUGGAAGUUAUGCCCGUCCCAUGUCGUAGUUCAGAUAACUUUAGCUUGCAUACAACUUCCCUUCAUCGAGCAUACAACCAAGCAAAAAAGCGUGGGAUCAAAGUUAAAGGUGUCAUAAUUUCAAACCCUUCCAAUCCAGUCGGGAAUAUGCUUACCCGAGAAACCAUUUACGAGCUUAUGGACUUUGCUACUGAAAAAAACAUCCACAUAAUUGCCAACGAGGAACUAGUGGGUUCCACUGGUGACAAAAGUCAAGAAUUUGUCAGCAUGGCUGAAAUCUUUGAUUCUGAAGAAUAUGACAGAAAUAGAGUUCAUAUCGUAUAUGAGUUAUCAAAGAACCUUUCUCUCCCUGGUUUAAGAGUUGGGGUUGUUUAUUCUUUCAACCAAAGCGUGUUGGAUGUAUCCAAGAAACUGGCAAGGUUCUCAUCCAUAUCGUCAUUGUCUCAAAGAUUACUUAUAUCAAUGCUUAAUGAUUCAAAAUUUGUUGGGGAGUUCAUCAAGAUCAAUGGUGAAAGGGUUGAGAGAAUGUGUAAUCUUUUCGUGGCGGGUUUGAAAACCUUAGGUAUUGACUGCAUGAAAAGCAGUCGAGGAUUCUACUGUUGGGCUGAUAUGAGUGGUUUUAUACGCCCGUAUAGUGAAAAAGGUGAACUUGAAUUAUGGGAAAAGUUGUUGAACGUGGCUAAAGUCAAUGCCACUCCUGGAUCUUCUUGCCAUUGUAUAGAACCUGGAUGGUUCAGGUUUUGUUUUACAAGUUUGAAUGAAAACGAGAUUCCAUUGGUUAUAAAACGAAUUGGGACAGUUUUGUAAAGUUGUCGAAAUAUUGGGUCAAUCCAAAUGAGGAAAGAAAGGAAGCCAUUGCUCUUUCUGAUGUUCAUAAUGGUACAGGGCCUUGUGAAGCAUCUCCCACCCUAUAAUUAUAUUAUAGAUAAAUAUUUUCUUUUUGAAAAUUUUGUUUUUGCCCCUUUUGUUGUGGGUAAGAAAUUCAUUAUUUAAAUGCUUAUGUUCAUGUAUUGUAUAUGUAAACUGUGAAUUACUAUUCGUUUUAAUAAA